UAGUUACAUUCAUUUCUCAUGGCACUUCUUGAACAGCAGAAAAAAAUGAUGAUCAAAUUUAGCCUGCUACUCUUGCUUGGUGCUUUUGUUUCAAGCUGUUUUGGAAACGAUCAGUUUGAACAUGUUGCUGGGCUGAAACUAAAGCAUGUAUCCGCUGGAGCUGGUUACUUCUGGGGUGUCACUAGUUCUGAUGACAUUUACCGCUGUGAUAAUCCUUGUAAAAGUUGGACCAAGGUCACCGGAAAGCUAAUGCAGAUUGAUGUUGGAGAUAGCGAAGUAUGGGGAGUGAACUCUGCUCAUCAAAUCUUCAAGCGACCUGUGGAUGGAAGUGGUAAAUGGACAAAACUCCCUGGACUUCUCAAGCACGUGUCGGCAUCUGGCAAUGGCUACAUCUGGGGGGUGAACAAGAACGAAAUGAUAUACAAAUGUAAGAAGCCAUGCACUGGAAAAUGGAUUAAAAUUGAUGGACAUCUUAAGCAAAUUGAUGGUGGCAACAAGUAUGUUUACGGUGUCAACAGAUAUAAUAAUAUUUGGACAAGACCAGUCGAUGGCAGCGGGAAGUGGAGACGCAUCCCUGGUGCCCUUAUGCACAUCACUGCUUCGGGAAGUGAUGACGUUUUUGGAGUAAACAAGGCCAAUCAAAUCUACCGCUGCCAAAAGCCAUGCAUUGGCGAAUGGGAGCAAAUGCAAGGAGCCCUGAAGCAGUGUGAUGCCACGUUCAAUGGGCUUAUUGGAGUUGCUGGAGAUAGCACUGUUUGGCAUCAUUCUAUACCAGUUUGAAAACUGGUCAUUUGCCUCGGCAACCAAAAUGAAACUCAGUGAAAGCAGAUAUUUAGAUCUAGUUUUUCAUUCUUUAUUGAACCCUAUAAACCGUAGAAAGACUUAUUAUUUUUCUCAAUUCCAUGCAUAGCUUGUUUGAAUCAUGAAAAUGUGUCAAAAUGAA